UUUCCUAGCCGUACUGAAGCGGACAGUAACUCCUGAACAGACGCCUUUGGUCAACGUACCAUACUGCGCUGUGCUAACGCUUCAGCAGCAACCCUGAACAGUCUUCAUUAAACUCUUGAGCAUUUUGUAAACGAUGGAGUCGAUUUUGGAACAACAGCGUCGCUACCACGAAGAGAAAGAGAGGCUGAUGGACGCAAAAACUAAAGAAAUGUUGCACAAAAAGACCACGCUGCGGGAUCAAAUUAAUUGUGAUCAUCGAAUAAGAGCCAUGUUGGAUAGGUAUAUGGAAGUGAGUGCAAAUCUCAGGGACUCUUAUGAAGACAAAGAUGGCAUGAGAAAGGACGAGCUUGGUGCCAUCUCUGGACCAAAUGAGUUUGCAGAGUUCUACAACAGACUAAAGCAGAUAAAGGAGUUCCACCGAAAGCACCCAAAUGAAAUUUCCAUCCCCAUGUCUGCAGAAUUUGAAGAGUUGAUGAAGGCCAAAGAAAAUCUCAGCGAGGAGGCUCAGAACAUGGUGGAUUUCACUGACGAGGAGGGAUACGGUCGCUACCUGGAUCUCCAUGACUGCUACCUGAAGUACAUCAACCUGAAGGGAGCCGAGAAGGUGGAUUAUAUCAGUUACCUGACCUCGUUUGACCAGCUGUUUGACAUCCCUAAAGACAGGAAAAACGCUGAGUAUAAAAAGUACCUGGAGAUGCUGCUUGAGUACCUGCAGGACUACACAGACCGGGUCAAACCUCUGUCGGACCAGAAUGAGCUCUACAGCAAAGUGCUCGGAGACUUCGAGAAGAAGUGGGACAAUGGCACCUUUCCUGGGUGGCCCAAAGAGACGAGUAGUGCUCUGACUCACGCCGGUGCUCAUCUGGACCUCUCUGCUUUUUCUUCCUGGGAGGAGCUGGCCUCGCUGGGUCUGGACCGACUCAAAUCUGCUCUCAUGGCUCUGGGACUGAAGUGUGGAGGGACUCUGGAAGAGAGAGCUCAGAGACUGUUCAGCACUAAAGGAAAAUCCCUGGAAUCCCUCGACCCGUCAUUGUUUGCCAAGAAUCCCAAAGCUAAAGGUCCUAAGAAAGACACGGAGCGAAACAAGGAGAUCGGCUUCCUGGAAGCUCAGGUCUACGAGUAUGUGGAGAUUCUGGGGGAGCAGAGGCAGCUGACCCACGAGAACGUCCAGAGGAAGCAGGCUAGGACAGGCGAGGAGCGAGAGGAGGAGGAGGAGGAGCAGCUGAGUGAGAGCGAGAGUGAAGACGAAGACAACGAGAUCAUUUACAACCCCAAGAACCUGCCGCUGGGCUGGGACGGAAAGCCUAUCCCGUACUGGCUCUACAAACUCCACGGUCUGAACAUCAACUACAACUGUGAGAUCUGUGGAAACUACACCUACAGAGGGCCCAAGGCCUUCCAGAGACACUUUGCGGAGUGGAGGCACGCACAUGGGAUGCGCUGUCUCGGAAUCCCCAACACGGCUCAUUUUGCUAACGUCACACAGAUCGAGGACGCUGUCGCUCUGUGGGCAAAGCUGAAGUCCCAGAAGGCGUUAGAGCGGUGGCAGCCCGACACAGAGGAGGAGUACGAGGACUCUAUCGGGAAUGUGGUGAACAAGAAAACCUACGAGGACCUGAAGCGCCAGGGCUUGUUGUAGAGCGGCAAAGAUGUCAAGUUUUUUAGUUUAGUCUUGUGUUUUUAUUUGUAAUAAUGUUUAACAGACUCUUCCUUUGACCCAUUAAAACGGCCAUUUAUGGACCAAGUAAACUGUA